UAGGGAACAGUGAGCAGCCAGUGAAGCAUCCAGCCUGCCGAACAAGCUUGCUUCUUUUUUUUUAGGGUCAGGAACUGGUCUGACGAGAGAAUGGCAAUCCUGCCUUUAAACUGUCAGUAGGACUGUGCGGCUGACGAUGAAUCUACCAGAGCUGCGGGCCCCACGGCGAACCACUGACCAAGAGAAUGUGAAGACAUAUUUCAGGACAUUGUGAGUGCUGCUAAAGAUGUCUGAUAGUGUUGAUAUUGAAGAGAAACCACCAGCCCCCCCCUUGAGAAUGAACAGUAGUUCCCGAGACUCUUCAUCACUGAAUCUUGCCUCUAAACCGCUUCCAAUGGCUCCCGAUGAGAAAAACAAGAAAGUCCGCCUGCGCUCCAUCUUCCCCGGGGGAGACAAGACAAACAAGAAGAAGGAGAAGGAACGUCCUGAGAUAUCCCUACCUUCAGACUUUGAACACACCAUUCAUGUCGGCUUUGAUGCCAUAACAGGAGAAUUCACAGGUAUACCGGAGCAAUGGGCCCGGCUCCUACAGACCUCGAACAUCACCAAGCUGGAGCAGAAGAAGAACCCGCAGGCCGUGUUGGACGUCUUGAAGUUCUACGACUCCAAAGAGACCGUCAACAACCAGAAGUACAUGAGCUUCACCUCGGGAGACAAGUCGGCACAUGGGUACAUAGCAGCAAACACUCUGAACCGACUGCUGUCAUCUGGGCCUCCUGUCAGCCUUAGAACCUGCAGCGCAUUAUUUGACAAGGCCGUCUCUGAAAUGGCAGGGCAGGGACGCAUGCCACAAAGGGUUGUGAUGACUGUCAAACUGCAUGGUGCCAAAACAUCGUCGUCAGAGCCCCCGAUCGCUCCACCUGUGUCAGAAGAGGAGGAUGAGGAAGAAGAAGAAGAGGAGGAGGAGGAAGAAGAGGAUGAUGACGACGAGCUGCCCCCGGUUAUCGCGCCUCGGCCCGAGCACACCAAAUCUAUCUACACGCGCUCUGUCUCUGUCUUGGAGCCGAAGCCUCCCACCCCCGUGAAAGAAGUGGUGACUCCACCGGAGUCGCAGGUCCAGCCGGAUAACACGUCCAACACAAUGUAUCGCCACACUGACCGUCAGAGGAAGAAGUCCAAAAUGACGGAUGAGGAAAUUCUGGAGAGACUCAGGAGUAUUGUGAGCGUGGGGGAUCCCAAAAAGAAGUACACACGCUUCGAGAAAAUCGGACAAGGAGCGUCCGGCACUGUGUACACUGCCAUCGACAUAGCAACUGGCCAAGAGGUGGCCAUCAAGCAAAUGAACCUGCAGCAGCAGCCCAAGAAAGAGCUGAUCAUCAAUGAGAUCCUGGUGAUGAGGGAAAACAAAAACUCCAAUAUUGUGAACUACCUGGACAGUUACUUAGUAGGAGAUGAGCUGUGGGUGGUGAUGGAGUAUUUGGCCGGUGGCUCGCUGACAGAUGUAGUGACGGAGACCUGCAUGGACGAGGGCCAGAUCGCUGCAGUCUGCAGAGAGUGUCUUCAAGCCCUGGACUUCCUACACUCCAACCAGGUGAUCCAUAGAGACAUAAAAAGUGACAACAUCCUCUUGGGUAUGGACGGAUCCGUCAAGCUCACCGACUUUGGCUUCUGUGCCCAGAUCACUCCAGAGCAGAACAAGCGCAGCACGAUGGUGGGAACGCCCUACUGGAUGGCGCCCGAGGUGGUGACUCGCAAGGCUUAUGGCCCAAAAGUGGAUAUCUGGUCUCUGGGGAUCAUGGCAAUAGAGAUGGUGGAGGGAGAACCACCCUACCUGAAUGAGAAUCCACUAAGGGCGCUGUACCUGAUAGCUACCAACGGGACUCCAGAGCUGCAGAACCCAGAGAGGCUGUCAUCUGUGUUCAGAGACUUCCUCAACCGCUGUCUGGAGAUGGAUGUGGACCGCAGAGGCUCUGCCAAGGAGCUGCUUCAGCAUUCCUUCCUCAAGCUGGCGAAGCCUCUAUCCAGCCUGACGCCUCUGAUUGUAGCUGCCAAGGAAGCCAUAAAGAACAGCAGUCGCUAGUGUGUGCCCUCUGUCCCCACCCGAGGCUGGAGCCCUGCCUGUGAUGUGUGCGUUCAUGGGGGGCAGGGGCUUGGGUGUUUGGCUGGUGGGUGACG